GACAGGCGGGAAUGAGCUGAGGGAACUGGAACUUGAGCUGAGGGAACAGCAAAGACCGGGCUGGGGCGGACUGAGGGAGCCGAGAGAGCUCUGACGGACAGGGGGGAACGAGCUGAGGGAACUGGAGCUGAGGGCACCGGGGCGGCUCUGAGGGGUCGGUGCCAGGUGAGGGCUGAGGGGAAGCCCGGCCAGUGCAGGUGCUGAGCCCCGGGAGAGCCCCAGCUCGUGUGGGUGGGCGAGCAGAGAGGACCGAUACCCUUCCAGUGAGGGGAAAACGGAGAGAUUUUGGGGUGACAGUAGAGAAAAUGGUGGAAAAGUAGUUGGGGUGGGUGUCCAUGGGAGGCAAAUGAGAAGAAACGGUUAAACUCUGUUAGGCUGCAGUGGCAGGAGGAUGGGGUGGUUGUGGUGAAGAUACAUGUGGGGUUUUUCUGUUUGUUUUUAGGUCUCUCACUCCAAGGACAGUGAUGUGGAGGUAUUGGAGGCACUGGAGGGUUGAAAAGGACGCAGGGAAGAACGAGAACAAAUCGAGGAUGCCUUGCUGUGCCUAAGCUCUAGACCUGCAUAAGUCCAUAUGUGUGACCCUCCAUGGUUUUCCUGGCAUCUUCCAGGAGAAAUCCCAGGUCCAUUCCUCAGUCCUGAUUUUGUGGGAUCACCUGCAGCACUCAGGGAGUUGAGCAACAAGAAAAGGAUUUUACAUUCUCACGCUGCUGGGCUUUGGAAUUUUCUCCCUGGAUUUCAGUUCGUUUUUCGCGUUUGCAAUACCAGGCUGAGCUCGUGCAAGCUGAGCUACCCCUUCAUUCUUCACUGGCUUCCAUGGGAGCAGGGUGUGGAUUGAGGGCUCUUUUCCCUCCACUCCUUUCAUCCACGAGGUCUAAUGGAAGGAAGAAUCAGGUGUCAAUAACUGUCCUCUUCUCCUGUUGAUUUGAUCCAAUGGACUGACAUGCAGGGGAGACUCAGAUGAAAGUUGCACCUGAGGAGUGUUUGUGCUCAUAGCUGAGGAACCUUCCCAAAGCUGCCUUCCUCAUUAUCCACCAAAGUCCUCCUGCUGUUCCAGAUACUAAUUCCAGAGGGUGGAAUUAAUGCUUUCAUAUGGCAAAGGCCAGCUCUAAACUGUUGCUUCACACUGAAAACACAGAGGGAGAAGGUAUUUCACUAAACCAUCACCAGUGGACAUCACAACAGGAAGAAAAUGACAGCCACGGGGUGCGAUUCCUUCCCCGGCUGAUGCCGCUCUGAGCAUCCAGAGCCAGCCGAAGGCAGCAGCGGUGCAGUCGCUGUGACAGUGCGAGGGCAGAAGCUCUGGACGGUAGAGGAUGCUAGAGAAGAGGGCCAAGCAGCAUCCAGGAGCUUUCCCCUGCUAUCCUGGGAACGUGCUGGGUGUCUCCAUGGGCUGGGAGGAGUAAAAACAGGAUCCACUGGGAAUUUUUAGCACUUUGAGUUGCUGAUAACUGAUGGAAGGCGACGAGCGGGCGAUAAAUUCCCUGUUCCCAGUCAGGUUGUCUUUCCUCCUGUAAUUAAUUCAGCCCCAGCCCAGGCUGCUGAGGCUCUCAAGGAGUUAAGAUACAACAAUGGUGGCACUUACACUGUUCCAGUGGAUUCUAAAAGGGCUUAUCUUGACUUUUCUGCUGAAAACUACUCUGUCCCUAAAUCCAGAUGAUCCAAAUGUUUGUAGUCAUUGGGAAAGCUAUGCUGUGACAGUGCAGGAGUCUUAUGCUCACCCCUUUGACCAGAUCUAUUACACACGAUGCACAGACAUCCUCAACUGGUUCAAGUGCACCAGACACAGGAUCAGUUAUAAAACCGCCUAUCGGAGGGGGCUGAGGACGAUGUACCGGCGGAGAUCCCAGUGCUGCCCGGGCUACUACGAGAGCGGGGACUACUGCAUCCCUCUGUGCACGGAGGAGUGUGUGCAUGGGAGGUGUGUCUCUCCUGACACGUGUCACUGUGAACCAGGAUGGGGAGGCACCGAUUGCUCCAGUGGCUGUGACAGCGAGCACUGGGGGCCCCACUGCAGCAACCGCUGCCAGUGCCAGAACGACGCGCUCUGCAACCCCAUCACGGGCGCCUGUGUCUGCGCCGACGGGUUCCGCGGCUGGCGCUGCGAGGAGCUCUGCGAGCCCGGCACCUACGGCAAGGCCUGCCAGCUCCAGUGCCAGUGCCACCACGGGGCCACCUGCGACCACCAGACCGGAGAGUGCCACUGCGCGCCUGGAUACACCGGAGUCUUCUGUGAGGAGCUGUGUCCCCCUGGCAGCCACGGAGCCCAGUGCGAGCUGCGCUGCCCCUGCCAGAACGGGGGCGUCUGUCACCACAUCACCGGGGAGUGCUCCUGUCCCGCGGGAUGGACGGGGCUGGUGUGUGCACAGCCAUGUCCUCCUGGAACCUUUGGAAUCAACUGCAGCCAGGACUGUCCGUGCCACAAUGGAGGACACUGUGACCCCGUGACAGGAAAAUGCAUCUGCACAGCUGGUUAUAUAGGAGACAGGUGCCAGGAGGAGUGUCCCAUCGGGACAUACGGCUUCCAGUGCUCACAAACCUGCGACUGCCAGAACGGGGCCAAGUGCUACCACGUCAAUGGAGCCUGCAUCUGUGACCCUGGCUUUAAAGGGAUUUACUGCCAAGAAAGGAUGUGUCCAGAAGGGUUUUAUGGCCUCAAAUGCAACAAGAGAUGUCCUUGCAAUAUUACCAACACCCUCAGCUGCCACCCCCUGUCUGGAGAGUGCAGCUGCAAGGCUGGCUGGGCUGGGCUCUACUGCAACGAGACGUGUCCCCCGGGCUCCUACGGCGAGGGCUGUGCCCUGCCCUGCCCCUGCCACAACGGGGCCGACUGUGACAGCGUCACCGGGGCCUGCUCCUGUGCCCCCGGCUACAUGGGAGAGGACUGCACCAUCCCCUGCAUGGCAGGAACCUACGGAACCAAUUGCUCCUCAGUUUGUAACUGCAAGAACGACGGUGCCUGUUCCCCUGUGGACGGGCUGUGCUACUGCAAAGAAGGCUGGCAAGGAGUGGAUUGCUCUAUUCCAUGUUCAAGUGGAAGUUGGGGUCUGAACUGUAACCAGACGUGUUCCUGCACCAACGGAGCUGCCUGCAGGCCAGCAGAUGGCUUCUGCCUCUGCUCCCCGGGAUGGCAGGGGGAGUUCUGUGAGCAGCCCUGCCCUGAUGGAACAUAUGGUCUUAAUUGCAGUGAGCGUUGUGACUGUAACCACGCCGAUGGGUGUGACCCUGUCACUGGGUACUGCUGCUGCCUCGCAGGCUGGACAGGCAUCCACUGCGACAACAUCUGCACCCAGGGCCGCUGGGGCCCCAACUGCUCCAUCUCGUGCAGCUGUGAGAACGGGGGAUCCUGCUCCCCGGAGGAUGGCACCUGCGACUGCGCCCCGGGAUACAGGGGACCCUUGUGCCAGAGAAUUUGCCCCCCUGGUUUUUAUGGACACCACUGUGGCCAGCCCUGCCCCCAGUGUGUGCACAGCAAUGGUCCUUGUCACCACGUGUCGGGACACUGCGACUGCCUGCCUGGAUUCUUUGGCCCUCUCUGCAACCAAGUGUGUCCCAGUGGGAAAUACGGGAAGGACUGUGCCGAGGUGUGUCAGUGCACCGAGAACGGGACGUGCAAUCCCAUCGACGGAUCCUGCCAGUGCUUCCCAGGCUGGAUAGGCAUGGACUGCUCUCAGACCUGUCCCAGUGGGUUUUGGGGCCCUGACUGCUUUCAUUCCUGCAACUGCCACAACGGAGCACUGUGCAGCCCCUACGAUGGAGAGUGUCGAUGUACCCACGGCUGGACGGGGCUCUUCUGCACUCAGCGUUGCCCAGCUGCUUUUUAUGGAAAGAACUGUGCCAACGUGUGUCAGUGUCAGAACGGGGCCGACUGUGACCACAUCACCGGGCAGUGCACGUGCAGGACUGGAUUUACAGGCAAACAGUGUGAGCAGAAGUGCUCACCAGGAACGUUUGGUUAUGGUUGCAAACAACUUUGUGAGUGCAUGAAUAAUGCUACAUGUGACCAUGUCACGGGGACCUGCUACUGCAGCCCAGGCUUCAAAGGAAUCCGGUGUGAUCAAGCGGCUCUUAUGAUGGAAGAAUUAAACCCCUAUACUAAAAUUAGCCCUGCUCUUGGAUCAGAGAGGCACUCAGUGGGAGCAAUCAUUGGAAUUAUUAUUCUCCUUCUAAUUAUUAUGGUCUUGCUGGCACUGUUUGUGUGGUAUCGACGGAAACAGAAGGAGAAGGGCCAUGACAUGCCAAGUGUAUCUUACACUCCAGCCAUGAGGAUGACUAAUACAGAUUACUCACUUUCUGGUGCUUGUGGGAUGGAUAGACGUCAGAACACAUACAUAAUGGAAAAAAGCUUCAAAGAUUAUAUGAAAGAGUCUGUGUGCAGCUCCAGCACUUGUUCCCUGAACAGCAGUGAAAACCCCUACGCCACCAUUAAAGACCCCCCCAUUUUAACCUGCAAACACUCUGAGAGCAGCUACGUGGAAAUGAAAUCGCGGUCCACAGGGAGUCCGCGUAUUCCGAAAUGCCAACUUCAAUCCACAGCCAAUAAAAACAUCUACGAAGUUGAGCCCACUGUCAGCAUAGUCCAAGACGGCGCAGGCCGGAGUGCCAGUUACCUCCAGAAUCCAUACGACCUUCCCAGGAACAGCCACAUUCCUGGUCACUACGACCUCCUCCCUGUCCGGCACAGCCCGACACACGGGCCCUCUUGGGACAAGCAUUCUUAAAGGAUGGACUCCACUGUGCUGCCAACACAAACUGUGAGGAAGCAGAGGAGAAGCCGUCCUGUUCCACGCUGUGGGAUGCUGACAGAUGUGGACUGGCUUACGCAAGGACCUGACGUGACACAACAUCAGCUUGGGCCAACUGCUGCUGCAUGAUGUUAUUUAUAAAGACAUUUUGUAUGGGUAACUGGAACUAACAGAACCUUCCUCCAUGUGUGGCUGGAGUACAUCACCCCAGGAAGGUGUCCACGUGCUCCAGGCAAAAAACUCUCCGUGGCUUGUAUUCUAACCCUGGCUUUGCUGUAAAAUAAACCACAAACACAUGCUAAGUAGAAGGACUUAAAGAUGUACAUUUUUACCAACUGCAUCAGAAACCUUUUACCUUUAGGAACAAGGUGACUGGGAAUGCACUGGAAUUGAUUUUCAUCUUUGUCAUGGGAAUGGACAUUUUCUGAACGAGAGCAGGGAAAACUUGUCAUUUCACUGUCAGGACACCUCAUUUACUGCCACCACCACGUGCAGCCUGUGCAGAUCAUGCUCGGUAAUUAGCAUUGGGAUUUUCAUCUUUACACUCAGUACCAGAGGGUUUGAGUUGAGGAAUAUUAACACAGACACUUUCUGUGCCGUUUUUAAAUCUUUCCAAAUGUCCCCUGAUCUUUGCUAAUGACCAUUUCCACAAUGAGCCUCCCACCCACUUUACCACGCUUCUGAUUGGCACAGAUGGGCUUUAGUUUUCCUUAUGCAGCUUCUCUUUUGUUGGCUAAAUCCAGCAGAUCUGUCAGGCCUGUAACCUGCUGCACCUCCCUUUCCUGCCCUGGGACACUGCAGGUCUGCACAGACCAGCCCUGGUGUCAUUUCCUUUCCCAAAGCUGAGCCACAACAGCUUCUCUCUCCCAUCUUUCAAACCAUCUCCUCGGGUUCACUUGUCAGCAUGCCACUGAUGACACCCUUUAAUUUGAUGGGCAUUACCAUGUAGUGCAACGUUAUCCUUUGGUGAUUCUACCUGAAAUGUCAUUAAAUGGAGCUGAAACUGGGUUUUCUUUUUCAGCAGCUGUUUGUGAACUAAUUAUCACGGGGCUGACCCAUGGUAAAGUUUUGCAUUGCGCCACCACAAUUAUUUUUUUUUUAAUUUAUAAUCCUUAUUGACCUAGAAAGUAGAGUACUUGCCGUUAGUUCCUUGUAGAUUUUGAGCAUGAAGUAGUAUUGACUCUAAGUAUGUAAUUUUAUUAGGCAAACAUGGAAGUAGCAAGUUGAUGCCUCUUAAAUAUAAAGAAAUAUUCUGUUGCACA